CUACAACACCCUUUACUACAUUCCACCGAGUAUUAAUAACUAAAACAAUGUCGCAUGGGGCAUGUGUCCGGUCGCGUCGAUCCAUUUGUCUCCGAGACACCCAUAAAACCCGCCUUGCGCACCAAUGCGACUCCCAAUCCGCCGAAUACACUUGAUCGUAUCUAUUCGACGUACCGCUACCGAUCGCCUCAGGCUGAGAUGCCCAGGGAAGGCAUAGGAGACAUCUCCGCGAAAAAGUUUGCGGAGUUGCUAUCCGGCCCAUUGCUGGACAUCUUUGUCGGGCCCGAAGGCCGCCGCUGGUCCUUACAUCAAAACCUCCUGGUCCAUCAUGCGCGCUUCUUCGACGUGUCCUACACAGUCAACGGGGAGCACAAACACAUCAAGGAUGGCAAGCUCGAACUCCGGGAUGAGGACCCGGGCGCAUUCGAGCUGCUGGUGAAGUGGCUGUAUCAAGGCAAGAUUGACGAUGUCUCGUGGAUGCCCAAGGACGUCAAAUGGGAAUAUGCAUUUACAUGUCAAAAGCUCUACCUCCUUUGCGACAGCAUCGGGCUGCAAGAACUCAAGAACCAAGCCAUCGACCAAUUCCGGCGGGGAUGUCAUGAAGCAGGUCUCGUGCCCGGUCCCGAAGAGAUGAAGCCCAUCUAUGAGAAAACUGCUCCGAGUUCUCCGUUCCGCAAACUCGUGAGUAAGAUUGCUGCGCGACAGAUCAUGGAUCCCAGCUCGGAGAAAGAUGCAACUAGCUACAGAGAGUGCUUCGCCAUCAGCCCGGACUUUGCGGUCGAUGUGAUCAACGCGAUCAAGGAGGGAAGCGGUGGGUCAUUGUUUGACGAUCCCACAGAGGGUAACGGGUGUCGGUAUCAUGAGCAUGAGGACGGCGAGAGCUGCCACAAGACGGUCAAAUUUAAAGACAUGUCAUGAUGGAGAGCAUGAUCCUGGGAAACUGGGUCACGAUACCUGGAGGUGAGACAGGGAAGCUCCUCUUAACCCAAUUCCAGUGAUGUGCCCAUCGGAACAACCAGAUCCCUGUGUCUUCUGCACGAGGAGCACAUGCGCAAAGUUUCAGAGCAACGGCAUUUGUGGUCGUACAACGCUUCGACGGAUCACUAUAGAGCCGGAAAUUUUGAAGAGAGAUUCGUGACCACGCGAAGACAAGCGGAAAGUACCUCGAUCGAAAUAGCCGUCUGUCACCUUUUGCGGUCCUGAGCUCUUUCUUGUACCAGACAUCAUCGGGAGGAUCUAUCGCUCAACAUCUUCAGAGCGGACAUGAAAGACAUGCUGUCGCGCUGGCUGGGAAAUCGCUGAUCGAUUGGCAUUCGAAUUAUUUAGCCUCGGUCUCGGUAUCUCUGUGAAGUUAUGGGGAAAUCGGGAAUGAUAGAAACGAUUGCUUGCUCUUGCUGCCGGGUUUUGACUCGAGUGGUACAGACGUUUUCCAACGGAUUUUUGGCAUUUGUGGGAUUCACUUCAUGAUAUUAACUAUCUGAUCGGCUGGAUAAUCAAUCAGGUGUAGAUGAUGCACCUUUACUCUUC